AUGACUCUCUUGGCUGGCAUAGGCUUGCUACUUUGUUCCUUAACCCUGGUCAAUUGCCACACCUGGAUUGAGCAAUUGUCUCUGGUGGACCAAGAUGGUCAACCUGUGGGUGAUCCCGGCUUCAUUCGCGGCUACGUACCGAGGACCACACCUGGAUUUGUCGAUGGAGACAACACGUAUCUGCUUCCCCAAGCUCCAGCAUUAACUUUUCAAGACUCAGAUCUAAUGUGCAAGUUGACUCAGACGCAAGGUAAUCAAAGUGGAGGAUCUGUCUUGAUGGCCCCGCAAGGUAGUAGUGUACUUCUGCGAUACCUGGAAAAUGGCCACAUCACCCAGCCAGACGUUCCUCCGAAUAAACCCACACCAGGCCAAGUCUCGGUGUACGCCACCACCCAAGCUCGGGAUGAUGACAAAUUUACCGCUAUUCAUGGCCAGUGGACCGCUGAUAAGACUGGAGGUGACCAACGUGGCCUGCUCUUGACGAGCACACCAUUCGAUGACGGUCGGUGUUUUCAGUUUGAUCCUACUGGCCACAGUGAAAUCGCCACCACCCGAAGCAAUACAUUCGGUCCAGGACCAUCAAUCACCGAGGCACCCAACCGAUGGUGUGGAACCACCAUCGAGCUGAACGAUGAAACCGGUAUCCCGUUUGCCAACGGGACCCUUCUCACACUCUAUUGGGUGUGGGAUUGGCCAAGCAUCGUACCUGGGAAUCCUGGAACCCCCCCGGCUAUAUUGAAUGAAACUUACACAUCUUGCAUGGAGGUGGAGAUCAUCUGA